AUGAACACAUGUCCGACACAAAUUUCCCGCAAAGAGCAACAUCGCGGAUGUAGCCUUUUGUAAUAAAAUGCAGUUGUACACUUCUGGACACUCUGCAACAUUGUUUCUCUUCUUUUCCCUUCUUCUAUGACGGUUCGGUGUUUGGCAGAAACAGUCCCGUGAGCUAAACCUACAUUCGGUUCGUUGAGAAAUUGAGUACUGGUAAUGGACAGCGAUCCGUGUGAAAGUGUUUUCGAGCCCGACACAAAUAGCUUCGAAAACGUCAAUUUGCUCUUUCAAAUUGGAGACGGCGUGCUGGCUCGUAGGAGUAGUACGGAGGAACUCCAGCAAGCUUUGGUUUUAGAAAAUGAUGCAGAGAAGUGCCAGUCAUUCUUGGAGACGAAAAAUGGCUCUUGCUACUGGGCUGACUGGGCAUCGAUGACGAAUGAUUCUGAUGAUCGUGAUGUAGUGUGUGACCUCUGUGCCAGUGGUGUCUCGCACCCCCCUAACUAUAUUGUACUGUGUGACAAAUGUGGCAAAGGCUAUCACCAGUCAUGCCAUGAUCCAGUCAUUGGUCCGGAAUUCAUUGAAUCUGCUGAUCUACCCUGGUUCUGUGCUGUGUGUGGGAAUGCUGAGAUAUCUUGUGAGGGAGAAGCCCCACCUAUAGCUGAUGUGGGUGACAACUCGCCUGUACAUGUACAAGAGCAGCACCAGAGUCAACAGUCACAAUCAACUGGAUCUUGUGCAUUUCCUUAUAAGCUGGAAUCUCUGCACUGGGAGGACGGUCAUCGAGAAAAUCUGGAAAAGGUUUAUUGCUAUUGUGGCGAGAAAGGCAGUUGGGAAUAUAGCAUGCUACAAUGUGUCAGUUGCUUGCAGUGGUUUCAUCAAGCUUGUCUCAAAUCAAAAGGACAACACAUCCCAAUGCUUGGAUGUCGCUUUUACACAAUAACAUGUGCCGUUUGCACACAAUCAACGGAAUUACGACAUCGCUAUGCUUUUCAAUGGAUUGAUGUGGCCUUACUAAUCUUCUUCAACCUGACAUCGCUGAAGCACUGCUUUGAGAAUGGACGGCGUAGAUGCUGGCUGGACUUCUGGGUUGACGUUGUGCCUUUUCUAGAUGAGCACUGGAGCCUCUUUGCAUGGGGAGAUCGGCAGUUCAACGCAGACGAAAAACACCGUAGUUUGUUGAAGGCAUUACUGGAGCGAAGUGAUUUGUUCUGGAGUGGUCGUGACUACAACAAGCGUAUGUCACUGUUUCGCUUUGCUGACAAGAACGUGCCGGCCCCGCAGCCUGACACUAAAGGUGUAUCUCACGGUGUGUCGCCUAUCCCAUACCAUCCCGACAAUUUACCCACUGCCGCCAAUCUGUACAGGUUUACACUUUCCAAGGAUCAUUCACCAAACAUCCCAAGUAAUAAACGGAAACGAGCGCCUCGUUCCACAAUGCUAACCUCUCAGACCUCGCCUCUAGGCAAGCUAGAGAACUCUGAAGACAGUCUCAGUCCAGAGAGCAAGCGAGCGUUCUCGUUACCGUCCACACCAAGUAUUUGCCAUGACCGGUCUCAAUCAUCACCUGCAGCUGUAAAGACUGGUGUGUUAACUGGUGGCAAGCUGAUGGUCAUACCACAGGGCUGUGCGAGGAAGUCUGCUGAUGCUCCUACCAGUCGUAUCUCUAUAUCUACAUCAGCGUUUCCACCGGCCGCAACAGCAGCAGCAACAAGCACACCAACAUCUGCAACGUCUGCAUCAGCACCUUGUGUUGGUGAUUCUGCUGCUAGCACUCCUACUACCAAGGGAGGCAAGUCGGAGAAAUUCAUUGCCAGUAAUAAAUCUGCCUUCACUAAGUCUCCAGUUAAGUCAGCUGGCAAGCCACCGCCGCUGGCAGCAGCAGCAGCAGGCACAACAACAGCGUUGGUGGCCGCAUUCAAUCGCCAACACUCCACUGCCAGUUCUACACAGAACAGCAGCAACGUGUCUUCAGCCACUGGCAGCUUAGCUAUUAGCAUCAACAACACUAGCAGUGAGUCUGGUACGAACAAACGUACUGUUCACCCUAUCGGUGCUCUUGCUGCUGCUGCUCCUGCACCUGUGCAGACUUGUAAUGGUAGAACUAGUGUAGUUCAAACUCCUGUUGCUGCAGCUGCUACAAGCACUGCUACGCCGAAACCUGCUGUGCAGAAAACUGCUGCACCGAAGCCUGCUGUGCAGAAAACUGCUACAAGUACACCGAAGUCCGCUGCGCAGAAAACUGCUACGCCGAAACCCGCUGCACAGAAACAAGCCACCCCAGCUAGCACAAGUGACAGGCCAUCAGCUGCUGCUGCUGCUGCUCGACCACCCAGUGAAUCGCAAUGUAUGCGUGGUCCUACCCUAUCUGCUGGUCCUGAUGCAAGAGACGAUUGUGACAUGUGUCCUAGAGCAGCCCUGUCUGUUUUGCCCACUGUACACCGUGGUACUGAGCGAAGCCACUCACAUGCUGCUGACUGGGCAUUAGGCGGGCAGCCAACAUCCUCCUACAAAGUACUUGGUGUUCGCACACUACCGAGUGGACACAAGCAGUUCCUGCUAGACUGGAAUAGUCACAGGUGAACGUCCAACCACUUGUGUGUGUGUGUGUGUGUGCGUGCGUGUGCAUGCGCAUGCACUUGUGUGUGUGUGUGUGUGUGUGUGUGUGUGUGUGUGUGUGUGUGUGCGUGUGUGUGCGCGUGUGUGUGUGUGCGCGUGUGUGUGUGUGUGCGUGCACUCGUGUGUAUAUGUGUGUACAUAUGUGUGUUUGUGUGUGUGUGUGUGUGUACAUGUGUAUGUGUGUUUGUGGGAUCCUCCCAACUUCUUGAUACGCUUGUGAGUGUUUUCACUGUGUGGUACUCGUGUUAGUGUGUAGUGCUGUAGAUGUGUGUGCUACACUGUGUAUUGUAUCAUUGUAUGUGUGUAUCUGCUCACUCUUUGCCAUGAUUGGUAUGGUUUGCGUAUGUGUUGUGUGCCUCCCCACGCUAUCUUUUUAAAAUGCAUUUUUCAGUAUAGGGUUUGUGUGCACUUUUUCUCACUGUUUGGAAAAGCAACAGCACACCUCCUUGGCUUCACUCAUCCUUCGUUUACACAAAGUACUCCGGUGUGAGAUGAAGGACUAGUAGUUCUCUUUAUUCCCCAAGUGUCAGCAGGAUUCUGACUUGGUCUUAUUCUUCUUUUGAAGCUGUCCUUCACAUACACUAUUUUAUUUCUCAGCUUUUCCACCAGCUUUCAGCUUUUUAUUGCCAGGACUCGCCAUAUCUGUUCUCUCCACUUUCGGGUUUUUUCGCAUUGUUCACUCACUCGUGACACCGCCAUUUCUGGUACUGUUGCUAACACCUCUGCCAUCAUUGGUGAUGGUGGUUCCUAAUCUAGGGCUCCACUACUUUGACUUGACUCGAGCUAACCACCAAUAUUAAAAUAUCUUUAUCAUCGUUUCUCCUAUCGCAAAAGCGAUUACACCAUUGGAAAGCUUGGAGCUUCCUCUUUGAUCUACAUAUUUCGAUAUUUGCAACAGGACUAAAAUCGAUGGAGUUACGACA